AGAAUCCCACCGGAGAAAAAGAAAGGAACAGAGCAGCACACACCGCCGGAAUUUGAAAAACCCAAAUGAAGUCAACGGUUGCAGAGCAGCUCAAUUUACCCGCCGGAUUCAGAUUCCACCCCACCGACGACGAGCUCGUCACCCACUACCUCUGCAAGAAAUGCGCCGGCCAGAGCAUCACCGUCCCCAUCAUCGCCGAACUCGAUCUCUACAAGUUCGACCCCUGGGAGCUUCCCGAGAUGGCGUUGUACGGCGAGAAGGAGUGGUAUUUCUUCUCUCCGAGGGAUAGGAAGUACCCAAAUGGGUCGCGGCCGAACAGGGCGGCGGGAACAGGGUAUUGGAAGGCGACCGGAGCCGAUAAACCGAUCGGAAAACCGAAGACUCUGGGGAUAAAGAAGGCUCUGGUUUUCUACGCCGGGAAAGCUCCCAGAGGGAUCAAGACGAAUUGGAUCAUGCACGAGUACCGCCUCGCGAAUGUGGAUCGCUCCGCCGGCAAGAAAUCUGGACUCAGGCUGGACGAUUGGGUGCUAUGCCGACUCUACAACAAGAAAGGAACCAUGGAGAAGCAUUUUCCGGGCGACGAGGAGACGAAAUCGGUAAAGGUCCGGCCGUCGUCACCUCCGCCGGAGGACGAGGACAUGAUGUGGGCGGUGGAGGAAAUGAAACCCAAUUUGCUAGAGAUGCAGCAGGAACAGUUUUGGGAGAUGUCGACGCCGGAAGAGUCCACGUCGGUGCCGCCGCAGCUGCACACUGACUCGAGCAGCUCCGGCGAGCAUCAGGCGGUGUGGUCGCCGCCGGAGAACAAGGAGGUGGAGAGCCGCAGCGGCGGCGGAGGAGGUAACGAACCGAACCGGAAUUCGGGUUCGAACAACCCAGCGAACAGCUUCGAUUUUGGGUUCGGGUUCGAGUUUCAAGAUUUCGGGUACGGGUUCAGUGGCGGGGACGACAGGGUCGAAUCCGCCGGUGCCGGCGGAGGGAAUUCGGGUUCAGGAGGAGGGUUCCAGUUGGAUCAGCAACAGCUGCAGGAGAUGUUCAUGUAUAUCCCUGAGCCGUUGUUUGGAUUGAGAAUUGUGUGACUUGGUAACUUGAAAGGGGGGUUUAUGGGUUAAUUUUUAUAGUUAUGGUUUUGUGGAUAACAUUUUGGUUGGAUACCUAUUUUGAUUAGAAAUUUUGUUAGGGUUUAGUGGAAUCGUAUGGUUUAGGGUAAUGCAAAAGGCAUAAUGUAACCAUUGUGAGGGAAUUCUUAUAAGAUGGUAACAUAUGAAUUCAUUUCAAAUUUUCAUU